GUCGGAGCAGGGGGAAUGGAGGGCUGGCCCCUAAUGCCUUCUGUGGGGCUGGGAGUCCUCUUCCUCCUCCUCUCGGUGUCUGAGUUCCUCUCGUGUGAAGAAUCGGAAGUUACCCUGGACACCUACUGGUCCGGAACAGCUCCCAUCUGCUUAGGUGGCUGUAAAGGAAAACAUAAAGAACUGAAGCGAAGCCAGUGCGGGAACGGAAGUUGUUGCUGGCUCGGGUACAAAUCCUUCUGCCGAGUCAACUGCGGCCGGCCGGAAGCGGAGUUCAAUUCGGUGGUCUACGGCAACGAUUGGUGGGUAGGAUCCGUGGUGCGCUACAACUGCCGGCCCGGCUUCCUGCUGGUGGGAGACCCAGCGAGCGCCUGCCAGUCGAACGGCCGAUGGACCCCCAAACCGACUUGCCUGCGGAUCUGCCUUCAGGGCCGGAUAGAAAUUAAUGAGCGGGACAUUGACGGGAGCUGCUCCUCCACCUGCCCCAACAAAGUCCACCUGGGGGCUUUUCUGAAUCACGGCUGCCUCAAAAUCUCCUCCUGCGUCACCAAGCAAUCCGGCUGGACCCGCUGGUUUUUCUGCUGUGACUUCUGCCAGUGUGACUGCUACGUCGCCUGCUGUAAGCGAUUCUGCACACCUGCGCCAGCCCUGGGGAAGCCAGAUUGA